AUGAGCUGGCUGCUGCCCCUCGUGCUGCCCCUCGUGCUGUCCUGCUGGUGCUGGCCCGAUGACGACCCGCUGCAGCCCGCGCCGGGCGACGAGGCCAACACCACGAGACUGGGCACGGCGGUGGGCGCCCCCUGCCAGGACUCCUGCGACAGCAGCCUGCCGCACGUGUUCUGCGACCACAUGACCGGCCUCUGCGAGUGCGAGAAGAAGUUCCCGGUGCGCCUGGGCGAGCACAAGGGCUGCGCCAAGCCCGUGCGCCUGGGAGACCAGUGCUUCUACCACGAGACGUGCAGCUUCACGGACCAGCACGCGCGCUGUCGCCAGAUCAGCCACAACGCCAUCUGCCAGUGCGAGCCGGGCUACCACACCGUGGCCUUGCAGCGGCCCACCAAGAAGAUAUUCUGCGCAGAAGACCUGGUGCUGCUGACGACGGACGUGCCCACGCUGUUCGGCGUGGCCACGGGACUGGCCAUCUUCACGGCGCUCAUCUGCUUCGUGCUGAAGCUGUUCAGCCGGGCGCGCUACUCGCGGCCGCGCCACUACGCCAACGCCAACCUCGCUCCCCCCAUCCUCUUCUCCAGCGAGACAGGCAUCCCGCUGGCGGUGCACGGCCGGCCCUCCUCGCGCGCCUCCAGCCAGCGCAGCGGCGGCACCUACACCUCGGGCUUCUCGCGCCGCCCCAGCAGCGCAGCCGCCAGCCGCGGGGUCCCCGUGCCCGCCUCGCGAGCAGGUGCGGCGCGCGCCGCCGCCAUCUUGCUAAUAUCGUGCCACCUCACUACCACCACGGCGUUCACUGCCCCUGACGACGACCCGCUCCAACAGGCCAGCGUCACUACUCCGCGCGCCGGCUCCCGCAGGCCGAGCCUGUCGUCCAUACACAGCAGCGCCUCGUCCUCGUCGCGCGGCUACAGCGCGCGCCGCUUCGAGCAGGAGAACCUGCAGCGCGAGCUGCGCCACCAGCAGCAGCGGCUGGAGGGGAUGGCGGCGGCGCUGCAGCCAGCCGGCGGCGGCGGGGACGUGCCUCCCGCCCCCACGCCCAGCCCGCGCACGCCCAUGUCCACCGACGAGCUGCUGCCCUCCGUCUGCGAGCUCAAGGAGGAGUGCAGCUCUAUAUCAACCUCAGGGCCAUCCAAUGGGCGAAGCAUCAACUCGGGCUACCAUGGAGAAAUUGGACCCUGCUCUUCCACAGACAUCACUCACUGAGGCAGACUCUGAAACUGGCAUCGUAAGUGCAACUGUGCAGUCGCAGAGCGGGCAAGGGCGCAGCAGCGAUAAUAAAUGUAAUUUUAAAAUGAAAUUAAAAUAUUUAAAAAUACGCGUGGAAAUACAUAUUUUCAAUUACUUAGAGAAAAAUAAAAGUUUUUUCUACAGCUUAUAAUCUGGAAAUUUAAAGUGAAAUGCCAGCAAUGUGCUAUGGGAGAGUGAGAGACAUCUGCAUUAUCAUAAUUUACAUACUUCGCUAACCAAUGUGCUCGCAAUUUCGACCAAAAACCCAUGUCCCCGAGUGCAUUCUCCUUGUGCUGCUUAAAAACAUUAACCAUGAGACGAUCGAGGUGUAACUGGACAUAUCGUAUUGCUAACAAAAAAAUAUUUUGUCUCUGCAAACAGAUUUUUUUAAAAGGCUAUUGCCUACAGUUUAACUGUGGUUUUCAUUACAAAAUAAUUGCUUCGAUGUUGUGGCCAGAACACUAAACUGUAUCAGAACUGUUUGUGACUGCAACUCAACACUGUUAUGUAACUUCAAAAUGUGAAUAAAAAAAGAAAUGUCAUGUUAACAUAAUUAUGGUUGGUUGUUAUAU